AUGGAUAACAGCAACCGUCUUCGUCGCCUUCGCAAUCGUAAGCAAACCAAGUUCACUCGACGACAUGACUCAGAAGAAGUGAGUAGUAUCGAAUGGGAGUUUAUCAAUAUGACCGAACAAGAAGAAGAUCUCAUCUUUCGAAUGUACAAACUUGUCGGUAGUAGGUGGGAUUUAAUAGCAGGAAGAGUGCCAGGACGAGAGGCAAAGGAGAUAGAGAGAUACUGGAUCAUGAGAAACUGUGACUAUUUCUCCCACAAACGACGCCAUCUCCACUCUCUUUACAAAUCUCCCCGUUUUCCUAUUUCUCCUCCUUGA